AUGGAAGACCUACGGCCGUACAGAAUUGAGAGCGACUACACGCAGAGCAAAGACACAAUGCGCCGGUUCCUCUUUACGUUCGAAAGCAACGAGGUGCUCAAGUACAUGGCACAGAUCAAAACCCUUUCAACAACAAAGACAAUUAACAUAUGGGCCUCAGACAUUCUUGAGGACGGAAACACCGAGCUGUACGCUGAAGUUCUGAAGAACACCUCAAGAUACAGGGAGAUUGUGUACGAAAUAAUUGACGAAAUGAUAAAAAACGAAGAAAUAGAAAUGCCCAAGGAAGACCUCUUUUUUGAGCACAGAAAAGCCCGGAUUCUGGAGAGAUAUCCCAGCAAGUCUGUCUUUGAAGUUCUUGCCAAAAACAUUCUGAGAUACUACAGCGUGAACAUAUUCCGCACAGACGCCCUGCCCUUCAGCUCAGUCGAUCCGAGCAUAAUCGGGUCGCUUAUAUGUGUGCGCGGCAUAGUAAGUAAGGCCUCUGAUGUGCACCCGUCCAUUUCAGUGGCUGUGUUCAUGUGCGACUCCUGCACGUCUGAAGUAUUCCAGGAGGUAGAGGGCGAGACUUUCCUCCCUCUAACAGAGUGUCCCUCUGAGCGGUGCAGAACAGGGCGCACAAAGGGAACUCUCCAUCUGCAGACAAGAUCUUCAAAGUUUAGAUCAAAACAGAUCUUCAAGAUACAGGAGAUAUCCUCAGAAGUGGAGCCCGGCCGAGUGCCAAGAACCCUGGACGUAGAGGUGUACGAUGAUCUUGUGAGGACAGCUGUUCCUGGGACUGAGGUAAUUGUCUCUGGGAUAUACAUGCCAAAGGCGAAUGAAGGCAUCCAGAAAAUGCUCAUGGGCCUGCUGAGUGAUACGUACAUCCUCGGAUCGUAUGUGUGCCCCAUAAAAAAAACAGCAGUGCGAAAACAAAAUACCGCAGAUGAGAAUGCAGCACAAAAUUCAAACUUUGGCGCAGAACAUAAAGUGGAAAAUCACCAGAGCUCAGAAAGUGAUGGUAUGUCUGAGCCAUCCAUUCCCAUCGAGGUGCUCAUACAGUCCCUGGCCCCCGAAAUAUCAGGGCUUGAGGAUAUAAAGAAGCUAUUACUUCUCAUGCUCAUUGGAGGAGAUACCUGCACAGAGGGCGGGCUGAGAAUAAGGGGAGAAAUCAACAUUCUUUUAGUUGGUGAUCCAGGCAUGGCAAAAAGUCAGCUUUUGAAGGCAGUGUGCAAGCUUUCUCCAAGAGGAAUAUUCACCACGGGAAGAGGCGCCAGUGGGGCUGGGCUUACUGCGUGUGUGUCGCGCGAUCCAGAGACAGGCGAGCACAUCCUCGAGGGAGGAGCUUUGGUUAUGAGCGAUGGAGGCAUUUGCUGCAUCGAUGAGUUCGAUAAAAUGCACGAAAGCGACAGAUCGUGUGUGCACGAAGCAAUGGAGCAGCACAGGAUCAGCAUAUCGAAGGCAGGGAUAAACACCACGCUGAAUGCCCGAUGCUCUGUCCUCGCAGCUGCAAACCCCAUCAAGGGAAGAUACAUUGAGAAAAAGGGCAUUGCAUGGAAUGCAGGCCUUCCCACGGCUCUUAUCUCGAGGUUUGAUGCUGUCAAAAUUAUACAGGAUGUGGCUGGAAAGAAAGAUGCAGAGAUAUGCAGACACGUGCUGGGCGUUCACAAGAGCAAAGGCGUUAUUUCAGGGGUUCUUUCAACGGAAAAACUGGCUUCAGAAAUAAACAAAUGUAAAAACAUUGAGCCUGUUUUGGGCGAAGGAGUGCAGGAGAGGAUCGUUGCUGCGUAUUCCUCAGAGAGAGCAAAAGAUGCUCGAAUGCCUGGAAAGGGCCUCCCGGGAACCGCUAGAAGAGUUUUGUCUGUGCUCAGGUUCUCGCAGGCUCUUGCAAAGGCCAACAGAAGAAGCACAGUAACCGUGGAUGAUGUUGAAGAGGUUCUCCGCCUCCUUGGAUGCGACUCUGAUGGAAUCUACGAUACUAUUUUGUCUAUGGCAGGAGAGGACAUGGAGUCGUACAAAGUCCUGGACAUUGGAGCCAUCUACAAAGAAGCAAGCCGUUUCUGUGUAUCAGAGAUAGACGCAUGCAUCGACGAGCAGGUGAAGAUAGGCGCCUGGGUGCGCAGCAGUGAGAAACUGACAAUAUUAAAAUAG